AAUGAGUUUAGUCUUCAUCGGCAAGGCCGUGUGCUCUGCGCUUCCGCCGCUCCCUCUUUCCUCCACCGCUGCCCCUCCCCAGCGACGGACCGGCCGACGGCGGGCGCCACUGACCGGUGGCGGACAGCCGCCGCGACUCGCCGCUCCGACGGUUCCGGGCUUCGAGCUCCUCCGUGUCCGAGCCGGAUCGCCCUGCCCCUCCUCCUCCUCCUCCUCCUCCUCCUCCUCCUUAUUUAGGGCUUGAACCAGAGCUCGCUCGCCGCCGCGGGUUCCGUUCGAGCGAAACUCCAGCCGAAUGGAAAAUCCAGAAGCUGAAGAGCCGGAGAGGAGGAGGCCUCAGCCGAUCGCUUCUCCUGCCGAUAACCGCACCAUGGCAUGGAUCAUAUCAAGCAACUUUCUUCUCUCCAAAGCCUAUACGCCUUACCAUACCCAAUGGCUCCUCCUCAGCCAUUGUGAUUAGAAUCCCAGUCUGUUUGAUAAGAUUGCAAAACCAUGGAUUACAGACGAGAUACAAUGUAGCAACCAGAGAAGGUUGAUGCAUCCGUUCUCCAUUAUGAGAACCAAAAACUCGUGCAACAAUUGGACAUACAAAAGCACGAGUUGCAUGAUCUUGAAGCUAAUAUUAAAGGACUAAGGAAGAAGCAAACUUCUUAUGAUGACACAUUAAUUAAAGUGAACCAACGAUGGAAUCAGUUGGUUGAUGAUUUAGUCCUUUUGGGAGCACGAGCAGGAGGAGCUCAAGAUGCUUUGAAGAUAUUGGUUGCUGUGGAGGAUUCCCGUGACUGCUACAGACAGAUUCUAUCGCAAGCACUUCUGGUGAUGGAAUUAUUGAAUUUGUUGAAGAAGCUCUUGCUUUGCGUAAGUCAUCGACUUUUGAGUUGAUGAAACUCCUGGAAGAUACUAUUGGAGCUGAGAGUUCGAAAACUAUGACCAUAUCACAAAAUUUGCAGGCAAGGGUUUCUGCAGAAGUACUGUUGUUGGAGAUCGAUAAAAUGAUGAAAGAGGAGGCUAAAAGUCUGCAUGAAGCCAUAGAUGUUCUCCACCUCAAGCAUAAAGAAUACGCUGAAGACAUUCAAAUCUACGUUAGAAGUCAUUCAGAAGAUGCGUCUGAGAUUAAACGCCUUGAAGGUGAGCUGGAAGAGAGCAUGGCAGUGCUUGAAGAAAGUAGAAGGAAGCUUAUCAAUCUAAGAAUGCAAAUGGAUGUUGCCUCUGGAGCUCAUAUCCCUGCUGCAGGUUCUGUACAUGGAAAUUCAUCACCUGAAAAGCCGGGAGAUAAGAUGCUCUGUUUGCGGGAAUUAAAGGAUUCCAUUGAAGAAAAAAAGAUUUUGGCAGCUGAUCGACUUUCUGAGCUUCAAGAUGCACAGGAGUACAAUGCAACUUUGUCAAAACAAUUGCAAGAUGUUCAGAGUGAGUUGAAAGAUGAAAAAUAUGUCCUUUCGUCUCGAUUUUACACUUUGGUAAAUGAUCAGCUCCAGCAUUUCAAUGCUGAAGUGGAGCGCUACAAAACAUUAACUGAUUCAUUGCAGUUUCAGGCUGACAGGUCCUUUGUCAUAAGAAGAGAGAAGGAACUGAAUGCUAAAUUAGAGUCAACAGAUGCUGCUAGAAAUGCUAUUGAUACCGAGUCUAGGCUUGGAGAUCUGGAGCUUCAACUGCAGAAGUGCAUUAGUGAGAAAAAUGAUCUUGAGAUUAAAAUGGAAGAAGCUAAUCAAGAUUCAGGGAGAAAAGACAUCAAAUCGGAGUUUCGUGUAAUGGUGUCUGCUUUGUCUAGGGAAAUGGGAAUGAUGGAAGUACAGUUGAACCGAUGGAAAGAUACAGCUCAUGAAGCACUAUUGCUACGUGAAAAAACCCAGUCACUAAAAGCUUCUAUAACUAUUAAGUCUGAUGAGCGAAAGAGGUUAGCAGACCGAUGUACUAAACAGAAGGAGGAAAUCAAGUCCAUCAAAGAAUUGAUUGAGAAGCUACAGAAGGAAAAACUGGAACUUCAGAUCUUUCUGGAUUUGUAUGGAAAUGAGAGUUAUGACAACAGAGAUAUUGCAGAUAUCAGAGAAUCAGAACGCAGAGCUCUAUCACAAGCUGAAGUCCUUAAAAAUGCUUUAGAGGAACAUAGUCUAGAGCUGAGAGUUAAAGCUGCCAAUGAAGCAGAAGUUGCUUGUCAACAAAGGCUUUCUGCUGCUGAAGCUGAAAUAGCAGAGUUGAGGGCCAAACUGGAUGCAUCUGAGAGGGAUGCUUCUGAGCUUGCUGAAGCGAUUAAGAUAAAAGAUGCAGAGGCAGAGGCAUAUAUAUCUGAGAUUGAGACCAUAGGUCAAGCAUAUGAAGAUAUGCAGACGCAGAAUCAGCAUUUGUUGCAGCAAGUGACUGAAAGGGAUGACUAUAAUAUUAAGCUGGUUUCAGACAGUGUGAAGACAAAGCAGGCUCAGAACUCUUUACUCUCAGAAAAACAGGCAUUAGUUAAGGAACUUGAACAGGUUAACUCGUCAGUUGAAUCUUUGAAGUUGAAGAUUUCUCAUGGUGAAGAGCAGAUGAAGGUUCUUCUGUCGGAGGCAAUGAAAUCUAGUCAAGAAGAUAGGCACUUUGCAAUUAGCCUGGAAGGUGUGAAGUCAGAAUUAGGUGAUGCUGAGAAGGAGUUAAAGUGGCUUAAAUCUGUGUUUGCUUCGUCUGAGAAGGAAUAUGACCAGUUACAAUGGGAUCUGAGUGAGAUUCAGAUGAAACUAGACAAUGAAAGAGAGGAGCGGAAGAAGCUGGAGGAAGAGAUUGUGGAGUGUAAUAAAAAGGUUGCUGAAUUGACUGCUGAGAGUGGAGAGGCUGCAGUGAAGAGGCUCCAGGAUGAAAUAAAGGAUUGCAGGGCAAUGCUUAAGUGCAGUGUGUGUCUCGACCGGCCAAAGGAGGUCGUAAUUGUGAAAUGCUUUCACCUGUUCUGCAAUCAGUGCAUACAAAGAAAUUUAGAAAUUCGCCAUCGAAAAUGUCCUGGAUGUGGUACUGCAUUUGGCCAGAAUGAUGUUCACUUUGUGAAGAUGUGAUCAAGCCAUCUGAUGAUUGCCAUUUGGUUAUGGCCGUUUCCUUGGAGUUGCCGAGACAAAGUAUAUAUGACUGCUCUUGAUUUCUUUGUCAGUCUUCUAAAGCUCAACUUCAAUCGGAAGCUGGGCCGUUCAUCAUGAUGUUAACAGAUUUUGAGAUUUUAGGUUGAUAGGCACGGAAAGUGCAAACUGAAGACAGGUUGUGGCAGGAAAAGAUUUAUAGCACUUGCCUGGCCCCAAUUGUAAAUUGUUCAAAUUACCCUUGACAUUUUAAAUGUCAAAUUGUCGCUCCGCCGCAGAUUUAGAAGAAUGCAUCAUCACCAUGUCAUUGUCCAACUCAAUGGCAACAUAAAAUGAUUCUCAGUUUAACGUUCC